GACUGAGCAGCUAGGCUGCAAAAAGGAAUUCCUGACUGCACUCACGGUCCACUGCAAGCGGCGUGGAGAGCGCCAGGCUCGCGCGGUCCUGGAGUCUGCCCUGCGCUGUUGAGCACCCCCGCUCCUUUGUUGACGCCUGAAGCGCAGUGUGAAGACAGAAUUCAUAGAGAGGUUGUGCCAGUGUCCUUCUAUCUUCACAGCACCAACGGGAGAGACCAGGAUGAGUGCUGAGCCUGAGAGGAAAUUUGGUGUGGUGGUGGUUGGCGUUGGCAGAGCUGGCUCCGUGAGGAUAAGGGACUUGAGGGAUCCACACUCGUCACCAUUCCUAAACCUGAUUGGGUUUGUGUCCAGACGAGAACUCGGGAGCCUUGAUGAAGUACGGCAGAUUUCUCUGGAAGAUGCUCUCUGCAGCCAAGAGAUUGAGGUCGCCUACAUCUGCAGUGAGAGUUCCAGCCAUGAAGACUAUAUAAGGCAGUUUCUUCAGGCUGGCAAGCAUGUCCUCGUGGAAUACCCCAUGGCACUGUCUUUUGCAGCAGCUCAGGACCUGUGGGAGCUGGCUGCACAGAAAGGGAAAGUCCUGCACGAGGAGCAUAUCGAACUCUUGAUGGAAGAGUUUGCGUUCCUGAAGAAAGAAGUGAUGGGCAAGGAGCUGCUGAAAGGGUCCCUCCACUUCACAGCUAGCCCACUGGAAGAAGAGAAAUUUGGCUUCCUUGCAUUCAGUGGCAUUUCUCGCCUGACCUGGCUGGUCUGCCUCUUUGGGGAGCUUUCUCUUAUUUCUGCCACCUUGGAAGACCGGAAAGAAGAUCAGUAUCUGAAAAUGACCGUGCAGCUCGAGACCCAGAACAAGGGUCUGUUGUGCUGGAUUGAAGAGAAAGCGCCUGGUUUAAAAAGAAACAGAUAUUUAAACUUCCAAUUCAAAUCUGGGUCCCUGGAGAAUGUGCCAAAUGCAGGAGUCAAUAGGAAAAUUUUUCUGCAAGAUCAGGAUAUAUUUAUUCGGAAGCUCUUGGGCCAGGUCUCUGUGGAGGACCUGGCUGCUGAGAAGAAGCGCAUCAUGCAUUGCCUGGGCCUGGCCGAUGACAUCCAGAAGCUCUGCCGCCCUAAGUGAGGAGGAAGCUGCCAAUACCUCUGAGAAGGGCCCGAGUUUGGUUUUACCAACACUUCAUCUAUAGCUCUUACAAUUAAAUACGCUGGAUAAACAGAAUGAGAAUAGUGUUAUGAACUGUGCGGGGAGUCAUGGUUGGUGAUGGGGCCAUCCAUGGGCAUAUCAUGGUUUAUAGCCUGGUCUCAUUUUGUUUUCCUAGUAGCAGCCCUGUUUGGAUACAGCCAACGCUGCUUUCAUUCUUGUGGGAAAAGCCGGCGUGGCGGGGGUGGGGGAGAUUUGAAGGUCCGACAGUGCAGGUUCCUGACUCUGCUCAGUUCAAGGCGGCAGAAGCUGAUGGACCAAACAGCCCAGACUGCAGACACGCCCUUGAGGGCUGCCACUGGACACCUCCCGACAGACUGUCACCUCUUUCCAGCGGCCUUCUGAGUACUUAGCCUGAGCUGAAGGACUGGUCAAGCUAUUAUCCUGUUAAAUCACACUACUGUCGCCAGGGCUAGUUCUAGUUACUCGCUGUUUAUCUCUACCACAGACUCACUUCCUGUAAACUCACGUGCCUUGCCUUUCUACCAGCAGUGUAGAGGUCAACGUUUCACUCA